GGAUUGAUGCAUGACAAAAGUUUCUAAUAAUGUCCGAACCAGCUGAAAUUGCCGUAACAUCGAUACUGGCCCUACUCAUCAUUGCGAACAUCAUUGGUAACUGUCUAGUUUGUCUCGUCAUAAAGAAAUAUAGAGAUAUGAGGACUCCCAUCAACUACCUACUGGCCAACCUGGCGGUCUCUGACAUCGUGUUUGCGCUUUUCAUAGCGCCAAAUCAUGUUUUGAAAAAACCGUUCAAUCAUCCAGACAACACCAUUGGAUCAGUCUUGUGUAAGGUUCUCACUGGCGGUAAUGUGGCAUGGAUUGGAGUAGCAUCGUCUGCUUUGACCCUCGUUGUCAUAUCUGUUGAACGCUUCUAUACUGUCACGAGUCCUGUUAGUAGCAAUGCAAAACUAACCAUGCGGAAAGUAAAGACGAUUAUUCCCGCUUGUUGGAGCAUUGGAGCACUUUUCAGCAUACCAAUCUUCCUGGUUACGACUUAUGAUAAAACAUCUGGCAAAUGUAAGUGGAAUUGGCACGAGCAGUGGAUGGGUGCAGUGUACGACACCAUAUGGCUGGUACUUUUGGCUCUAAUUCCUCUGUUAGUGAUGACUGGUUUAUAUUCAAAAGUUGUUUACAUGUUGUGGUUCAAACGAAACGAAGAAAAUGAACUCGCCUUUCAACGGAAGGGAGUCCUUAAGGUGAGGAAGCGUGUAACAUUGAGUAUGAUCACUGUCAGCGCCAUAUUUGGAGCUUGUUGGAUCACAGGAUUGCUGGUUUACAUCCUAAGCCACCUUGACAUCUUCAUAUUUGGCUCAGUCUCAUACGUCGUUUCUGACACUUUGUUCAUGUUCAACUCUGCUAUCAACCCUUACAUUUAUGCACUGCUGAAUGAGCGUUUCAGGCAAAAGCUCAGGUUAUUGUGCUCUGCUAACCGCACUCCUAGGGUAUAUAAUUCAAGCUAGCCUGGCAUUGCGCGCACUACUAACACCUCCAACAAGGAAAACACUUUGGCAUUUUCACAGAGUAAACGUAGUGGUCGCAUGUUAAAAUGGAGCUCAAAAGUAACAGAGAAGCAACAUGUAAAACAGGAGAAACACCAACUGACUCCCACAAGCCCGUAAUAUUACACAGGAAUAUAACGAGUGGUGACAUAAAAGGAGGGAAAUGUGGAAAUUUUCUUCCGUUAUUAUUUUAAAUUUUGAUUUUUCUUCCUCUUCCUCUUC